AUGGAAGAAGCUCCACCUUCAUCAGGUGAAAAAGAGUUGCGCAAACGUGAAUCCGUUCUGAGCUACAUGCAAGAAAUAACGGAACGGUUUAGUCUUCACUCCACAACCUGUUUCACUGCCAUGAAUUACUUUGACCGGAUUUCGCACGAAUUCCCGUCAGACGUGAAAUCCCAAGGCAAAGUGGGAUUAAUGUGUCUCUUACUAGCUUCUAAAUACGAAGAAAAGGAAAUUAACACGCCUCCCUUUUCCUAUUUCUGCGAGCACUCGACAUCCCUCUUUAAGGACAUGAAAGAAAUGAUUCUUUACGAACAAUCCAUCAUCAAAGCCCUUCGCUGGGACUUCGGUGCCAUCACUGUCGCUCAUUACACCGAACUCUUCGAAUCGAUCGGAAUAUUAUUCCAAGGUGACUCUUACCGCGGGAAUAAGAUCCGUGACUCGACGCGUCGCUAUGUGACCGAGUUUCUCCACUUCUUUCUGUGUCUGUCGGUGGCUUCGCCGUCGUUUUCGACGUUUUCGCCGUCGAUUCAGUUGGUUGCGAUCAUCGCAGCGACGCGGCGCGCUGCGGGUGUGAGGUGA